AUGUCAGUUAGCUCAAUUAAUAAAAAAAUUUAUAUACCAAAAUUUUAUGCUGAUGUCAAUAUUCAUAAGCCUAAAGAAUACUAUGAUUAUGAUAAUCUAGAACUACAAUGGAAUAAACCGAAUCGUUAUGAGAUUAUGAAAAAGAUUGGAAGGGGGAAAUAUAGUGAAGUGUUUAAUGGAUAUGAUACAGAAUGUAAUAGACCUUGUGCUAUUAAAGUAUUAAAACCUGUUAAAAAAAAGAAAAUAAAAAGAGAAAUAAAAAUAUUACAAAAUUUGAAUGGUGGUCCUAAUAUAAUAAAACUAUUAGAUAUAGUUAAAGAUCCUGUUACUAAAACACCAUCUUUAAUAUUUGAAUAUAUUAAUAAUAUAGAUUUUAAAACAUUAUAUCCUAAAUUUACAGAUAAAGACAUUCGUUAUUAUAUCUAUCAAAUUUUAAAAGCAUUGGAUUAUUGUCAUAGCCAAGGUAUUAUGCAUAGAGAUGUGAAACCACAUAAUAUUAUGAUUGAUCAUGAAAAUAAACAAAUUAGAUUAAUUGAUUGGGGUCUAGCUGAAUUUUAUCAUCCUGGUCAAGAAUAUAAUGUUAGAGUUGCUAGUAGAUAUUAUAAAGGUCCUGAACUUCUUAUCGAUUUACAACUUUAUGAUUACUCAUUAGAUAUAUGGAGUCUUGGUUGUAUGCUUGCUGGUAUGAUUUUUAAAAAGGAACCUUUCUUUUGUGGUCAUGAUAAUUAUGAUCAAUUAGUUAAAAUAGCUAAAGUUCUAGGAACAGAAGAUCUACACGCAUAUCUAAAAAAAUAUAAUAUCAAACUUAAACCACAUUAUCUUAAUAUUUUAGGAGAAUAUGAAAGAAAACCAUGGUCCCAUUUCUUAACACAAUCAAAUAUUGAUAUAGCCAAAGAUGAAGUAAUUGACUUAAUCGAUAAAAUGUUGAUAUAUGAUCACGCAAAAAGAAUCGCACCAAAGGAAGCCAUGGAGCAUCCUUACUUUAGAGAAGUCCGUGAGGAAUCAUAA